AUGUUUCACGCCAAAGCGUACGCAAUUCUGUGUGUAAUAAUAAAAUGUGUAGAAGCCGGUGAGGGAGCCGGCUUGGCGGAAGGGCGGCAUGAAGGCGGGCUCGAGAGAAGAAGGCUCGACUACACGCCCGUGGAAAUAGACUUGGACGCGAAAGUGGACGAAAACGAGGUCGAGUACCUCAAGGUGAGGCCGUACGACAUCGACAUUCGCCACUACAACCUGAGGGAGGGCUACAGCCUCGCGAGGGUGAGUAAGUCCGAGCAGGAGAUUUGGAACAACUACAGGGACCAGGAGUGUGCCAACGUGUCGGUCGCGUACCAGGCCGACGCGCCCCUCCUGAUGUGCGUCAACUGCGUUAACAGCUCAGGCGGCGACGAGCACUACUACUUGGUGAACGAGAACGGCCGGUGGCUCGGCCUGAGGGACCGGUCGUUCUACGCGGUCUUCAACCGCUUCUUCCUCGAGACGACCGUCAGCAGGACCACGGACCUGAACUUGCAGGCUGAGCUGCGUGAGGACGACUUCUACGUCAACAGGUCCCCCGACUUCCCCUUCACGGUGGUCGUCCCCAACGUGUCACUGCUGGUCAACCGCCUGUACAGCGGCAACGACCUGAUUUGGGAGUCGCCGUCCACGAGGCUCCUCUACGUGUCCCUGUUCAAGAACGCCGAAAAGCCCCUCAUCUGCCUCAUCACCAGCAGCCUCACGCUCUUCUUCGUCAACGAGGGCCGACGGUGGCGCGAAAUUUCUGAGUCUGAGUACGCCUGCGUUCUCAGGGAGCUGGGGGUGGACCUCGCCAGCUUCGACAACUCCGUGGGCCUGGACGUCAGCAGUCCAGACAGCGAGCGCUUCCUCGUCACCUCCUUCGGGUCCGACCUCGUGUACUUCCGCAAGUGCAGCCCUCGCCCGGGCCUGAGGCUGACGAUCGUGCGCGACUCUCAGGCGCCCAGUCGCCACGGCCAUGAGGCCGGCAACCUGGUGUGGUCCUCCCCCCCCUCGUCCUCCGACCACUGCGUCUACGUUGGAAUCAACAUCAUGGAUGGCGUGCCCUCUCUGAUGAACCUGUAUAUCAAGAACCACCGCGGCGACCACAGGGUUGAGUACUUCGUGCGCGUCCACGACGGCUCGUGGGCCUCUAUCACCGAGUCUGAGUACUUCUACGUGAUGGAAAACAAUAAGAUGCCCGCCGAGUCGCCGAAGCGCAUAAACCCUGCUCUGCUGAGGAGCCACUUCAGGAACAAGCAGGGCCUGCUCAUCCAGACCUACUGUUCAAGGGCCCAGAACACAGAGGAUCAGGGCCCCGAGGCCCCCAAUGAUCAGCCGGCCAACGGCGAUGGUCCUCACACACACGCGCACAAGUCCAGGGGCGCCUUCAUUCUCGUUCACGGAAACCGCGAGUACUUCGUCUCCAACUUCCUCAACAGCGAGACGCUCUGGAACUUCAAGAACUUCGGCUAUCCCGCAUUCCCAACCAUUAACGCGUUCGACGAGCUGUUUUCGCCUAAUCUUAGCAGGCCCUCCCACUCAGGUUCAAACGCCUUAAAUAACCAGAAUGUGCCCCCCAGCCUCGUUGAGACUCCGCUGGGCCUGCAGAGGUUCCACUACGAGUGCAGUCUAGUCGGCGCCCUCAAUGAGAUGGGCUUCGACGUCUACGGAAUGGACAUGCAGUCCUUCGGACUCUCCGAGUCUGUCUCAGGUUCCAGGUGCUACGUCGACAGGUUCGACGACCUCGUCGACGACCUUCUCCAGUUCGUGGACAUCGUCAAGCGCGGCAAGUUCUCCGACAAGGGCCAGUCCUGGUACCCCGACGUCUUCUCCAUGGGCACUGAGCUCCUCAACGACAACCUGUUCCUGCUGGGCUACUCCAUGGGCGCCAACGUGGUCCUCCAGGCUGCCCAGAAGUUCAACAGAGACACUGAGGGCCCUUUCAACUUCGUGAACGGAAUCGUGUCGCUGUCUGGCAUGAUUGAUAUGGACAAGAACUUCUCCAACGUCUUCGACAAGACCUUUUCAAUGAUGGCUCUGAAUGUUCUGAACGCCGUUGUUCCGCACGCCGAGACUAAUAAAGGUUCAUACGACGACUGGACUAAGAAGAUGAGUGACUACCAAAAACUAUGUGACGGCUUCUACUUUAGCAAGAACUACUCCUUCAGAACAAUACAUGAGAUGUUUAAGGCCACAAAAAAUUUGAAGAGUGGAAUGCGUUAUUAUCCUGGUAACAUGCCAACUCUCUUUGUGCACUGCGAAAAGGAUCCCGUAUGCUCAAUUGAGGGACCCAAAAAGAUUUAUCACGAAUACAUCAAAAACAACCCUUACAGCGAGUUCAUUGAGCUCAAGGGCAACUCACAUGAAACCCCUAGCCCGCUGUUUAUGUACAACUUUUUAAACGAACUUAGAGCGUGGAUUGGCGUUGUGUCAUCUCACAAACAACCAACUCCACCUAGGUCAGGACCUAUCGGAAAGAGCUCGGUCUGGAACAUGAUAGAGAUAGUUUUAUAUGUUUUAAUUGGAUCGGUCUUAAAGACGAUCCUCAUAGUACUUGUGCUCAAGUACAGGAAGAAGAAAAAGAGGAAUGUAGAACGAUUAGUCGACAACGUGGAUUGCAUUGUACAUUAG